UGCGUGGAGGAGCCCCCUGAACAGCCUCGGAGUGGCCGCGUCCCGCUGUUGUCUCGCGUUGUUUUGCACGGAAAUACCAACCCCACGCUGUCCAGGGUGGGCAAAUCGUGAAGUGUUAUCAUAAGAAAUAGUUUGAGUAGCCAUGGAAACACAAAGUGAGGCUCCCAAUGCCUCCAUGAACGAAGCCAGAGUGGAUGGCCGCAGUGAACCCCUCGCCAUUGGAAGCCAAGAAUGUGAAGAGUCCAGUUUUACCUUAUCAGAGGGGCUCAGAACCAACCUGAAGUCUGAGGAGACAUCCACCGAUACCAGAGGUCGUGAUCCGCAAAUGAAUGGCGAAGUGUUAGUGAAUGGAGUGAAUGACGAAGAAGGAAAGGCGUGUCCCAUGAGGACGUGCAACCUUAGCCCAAGCAGCGGGGCGGUGACUGAGCUGCUGCACCAAGACAAGGACGAGGAGGAGACCAACUUUGAGGUGUCUGAGCUAAUCAAGGAAUUUCUUAACCAGUCCUCGUAUCUCGAUGAAGGUUUGAAUGGCUUGGAUUUUGUGACAGGGUUAGGUGGGAGGGGGCUAGAGGGCCAGGUUGUGCCUCUCUACCUGGAGGGGAGUGAAGCUCGCAGCUCCACUCCAGACUCUGACUCCAAUAUGAGGACAGCCAGUGAGGGGUCGUCCACUCCCACCAGCCAGCUCUCCGUUCCCUCCAGCACCUCCUCGGAUAAUCAGGAGUUGAGGAUUCCAGAGAAAGAAGAGACUAGUAACACAAAAGCCAGUGGAGUGGAGUGCCAGUCUGUCGAAAGUUCUGAGGAGUUGCCACAGCAGGCAGGGAAAGUGAGUGAGGAAUAUAACGCCAGUUUGGGUAAUUGUUCCCAAACUUCAGAAUUUUUAGAAUCUUCGCGGGAAAGUGAGAAAAGCGACAGUGGCAGUGAAGCAGCUGUCUCUGAUACCAGUGUUUCUGAAGGCACAGAUUGUCUACAGCAAGACCCUGCCAGUACCGAGACCUCUCCCACCUGCAUAAAUAGUACAGAUGUUUUAUUAACAGAAACAGAAGGGAGAAAAUCAGAAUUUAAUGAUUCUGACGUUGAGGUGAGUGGAACCCUAUCGACUCAAGACCUCAUAAAAAUAGAUAUUAACAGAAUAGACAGUCAAGCAACCCCAGAAACUCCAUUGAGCCCUAGUGAGCCUAGCAAAGAGGAGCAAGCAGAAGGCGAACCCUUGGCGCUCCCUGAUAGUGGUGACACUGAGGCAGCACAGGUCAGCACAGUGGCUGCUGCCCUUGAGAAUCUUUCCCUCACCACUGUGUCUUCAGGAGGCCAGGAGACUGAAGAUGACUCAAAGGAAUCAGCAGCAUCUUCCAGCUCUUUUGAAGACCCCAAGCAGAAUCAAGUGACCCAGUCAUUGGAAGGUUGUGUUGGUGAUGUGGAAGAAAAGCCUCACCAAGAUGAGUCAUCUUGCAGCCAGGCGGAUAGGGCUGUGAGUGAGGCACAACCCGGGCCUGAUGCAGAGGGAUCUGAGGAACACUUAAGCCUAUGGGAAAACCUGCCAGAGGAAUGUAAAGAACAGAAGAGCAAGGGUGAGAGUGAGGAGUGGCCUGAGGUACCUGUCCCGGAGGCCAGCCGAGAGAGGCUCCAGGAGGGUGGGCAGGACAAGGCCACAGAUGUUCCUACCUCAGCAGCAAGCAGUGAAUGUGUCUGCAAGAGGUUGCAAGGUGUGGAGGAGGGGGCCAAUGUGAUGGUGGGGGUGUGGGCGGAGCUGAGGUCAUCCCUGCGUCAGUUACAUCGCUCCCUCAUCCCUCAAGCAGCUCAGGGCACCACACAACGCUCCCGACCUUCCCUCACUCGCAUAAAAGCCCUCGCCAACAUGUUAGUGAGCCAUGACGCCCACCAGCUGUACCUGCGCCUGAGUCACCUGGCCCAUGAACUGUGUAUUGAGCUGAAGGUUCGCCUCCUUGCCACCAUCCACGACUCCCCAUCACCCAGCCAAGCCUCGGCCUUCAUUCAGGGUGUGUGUGACUCAUAUCAGUGGGUAAUGGGUGUGUGUGAGGCCCUCCACCCUGCCCUAGAACGCCUUGACUCGGAGCACCUCAGCCGCUUCAAGCUCAAUUGGGUCACUGUUAACAUGCACAUCUUCCACUCCACUAUUCUCACUGACCCAGAUGUGCAAGACUAUGCCCAUGUGUGUUGCCAGAAGCUGAGUGCAUCAGGCGAGGGCGAGGAUGUGCUGGGGUGCUGGGCAUCCCUGCACCGCACCCUCACUGUGGCAGAAGCAGUGUGGGUGCGUGCCGAUGCACUCCUCCAAGACUAUGCAGUUGAGAGGGCAGCACUCAACACACGCAGGAGGCAGCUGCUGGCUGACUGGGAGCACUUCAAGGCGCAACAGAGGAGUCAGCACCACCAGAAGGCUGAGGUGCAGAAUGUUGCUGUGUCAUCUGCAGCAGUUGAGGAUGGAGUUCCCCAGUGCCCCUGUGAAGACUGUGGAGCAGUUAAGGGUAGGGCCAGGGACUCACAGGGUCCCAUGGGAAGCCUUCGAGGACCAUUGUCCACCCUGACAGACCCUCGUCCACCCUCCAGCUGUGAGUGCCACUUCUGCAAUGCAUCAACCGCAGCAGCUACACAUGAGGAGCCGGUCCUUCCCCAGUCAUCAGGGAGCUCCCUGCCACCCCUGGCUCAGCCUCAGCUCUCCCUCUACCCCCACAUCCACAACACCCCGCCUGGCAGUGACAUAGUGGGGGGAGGGGGUCAGUCAAGGGAGGACCUAGGCCCCCUCCCCCCAGCCCCCACCACCAAGCCUCCCAUCACCACCAACCCCUAUGUGGGGAGUGACCUUCUGACAGAGCAGUUGAUGCGUGAGUGGGAGCUGGUGUAUGGAGACACUCUGUCACCCCCUGGCUCUCACCCUAUCCUGCCUCCACCUGAGGCUGUCCUCCCACGCUAUGAGGGUGACCCAUCUAGCCUGGUGAGUGGUGUGGAAACCCUGCGUAUCAGCACCUCACGUCCCCUCUACACCCGCACCAUGGUGGACCCCGCCCUGCCCUACGUCCCAGACACCCACACCACUGCCCGUGCCCACACCACCGUCCUGCCAAGCUCCACAGCCACCCCCUCCCCUGCCCCGUGUCAAGCAGGUGGGGGGAAGGACCUACCACACAGUGUUCCACCUGGCUGUGAGGGUGGGGGGACUGUGGUGGGUGAGGGUGGGGGAGGUACUCGGUGCUGUCCAGCCAGCAGCACCACCAAUACCACCAGUGUCAUCACCCACACACGUGCCCAUCAUCCACACACCACAGGCGCAGGCCACAAGGGUAAAUGUAUGAAUGCUGGAGGAGAACAUGGAGAAAGAGCAAUAAGUAGAGAAAGUGGGUGUGAGAGUGAGUCCAGCGGUGGUGAGGAGUGGAGCAGUGGUGAUGAGAGUGACUCCUCCACCACUGUGUCCUCCACUCAUCAGGACCCCCACUGUGACUGCUGCUACUGCCACAUGCUCCAUCACAAACAGGGUGGAGGGAGGCAGAAGUACAGUGACCGGAGGGACAGGCUCCUGCAGAUACUUUCUCGGAAGAAGAAGGCCCGCAGUUCCUCUGCCAUGUCGUCCUCUGGGAGCUCGGUGAACACCAAUGUGUCAGCGCCUCAGGGCCCCUCCAACACCUCAGCCAGCCGGGGCCGGGAGCUGCCCAUGGGUGGCCAGAACAUUGACAAGAUCAUGGACUUCAUUGAGGGGAACCAGCUGGAUGAGGCCAAACAUGCUAAAAAGGCAGCCAAGAAGGCUCGGCAGAAACAGAAAAAGAUGGCAAUAAGAAGAGAGGAGGAGAAGGAGGAAGAAGAGGAAGAAGAAGAAGAAGAAGAUGAAGAAGAAGAAGAAGAAGAAGAAGACGAGGAAGAGGAAGAGGAAGAAGAUGAUGAUGAUGAUGAUGAUGAUGAUGAGGAUGACUACAACAGGAGGAACAGUUGUGAGGACACCCAGGAGGAUGUGGAGGAGGAUGGGCCUCUGGCAGAGCUGAGACGGCGUGCCCCCGAUGUAACCAUCACUGUUGUGCGGCCAGGGCAGCAGGCCUCCCGACCACCCCCUCCCCCUCAGGCAAAUUCUCAGAGGCAGCGGGAACCCUCACCCCCGCACAUGGACAGGUGUAAGCCUCCACCUGCAAAACUUGUCCCCUCCCUGAGCCAGCCCACAGCAGAGCCCACCCCUGCACCACAUUCCAGCUCUCGCACCAUCUUACACCCGUAUAGACAGUCUGCACAACCCAGCCGCCAGCCGUCACAACAGGCACCCCCUCCCCGGCACCCCCAGAACUCUUCACCGCAGCUCAAUGGACCUGCUGCUAACAUGCCUAGACCUCAGGAGCCCCAAAGUAAGCCUGGGGCUGCUGGGGGUGUGAGCAGCCUAAGUAACAUCCUAAAGGGCAUGGAUACAGCAGCCAAGGAGAAAGACAAGGGAUCCCAGAUGGUGACCAUACGCAGGGUGAUGGAUCCCAACAAUGCCGAGCCUACUGUCACAAUCACACUGAAGGGAGAUCAGCCGGAGAAGGACAAGGUGCUCUUCAAACUUGUCAAUGGCCAGGCUGUGUCAGGGAAUGGUGGCCGUGGUGGACAGGGAAAUAAGAAAGGUGGGGGUGGAAUGGGAGGCAGCAGUAAUAGUGGUGGUGGUGGAAGUGGUGGAAGUGGAGGAGGAGGAGGAGGAGGAGGAGGAGGAGGAGGUGGAGGAGGUGGAGGAGGAAGCAGUAAUGGUGGUGGAACUGUUGUAGUCCAGCCUGCAUCCCAUCCUGAUCCCCCUGAGGCACCCAUUCCUGAAGGGCUAGACCCAGAGGAGGUGAAAAAAUACAAGAAGAAGCAGAAGAAAGAAAGACAAAGGCUGAGAAAGCAACAAGAACAGCUGGAAGAACAGCAGAAGGGGCAAUUGCAGCAACUGGAGCUACAAAAGCAGCAGGAGUUCUUGAGGCAACAACAAGAACACAUUUUUCAGCAGCAACUGGCUCUGCAGCGGCAGCAGGAAGAAUUACUGAAGCAGCAGCAGCAGCAGCAGCAACAGCAGUCUUCUCAGUCUCAAAACAAUUCCAAGAAGAACAAGAAGAAGGGUAAAGGGACCACAGGUAGCAGCACAUCAACCAGCACCAAUGCAAACACUACUAGCAGCACCACCACCAAGGGCAGCAGUGCCAAGGCCAGCAGCAGCAGCAGCAGCAGCAGCAACAGCCAGAAUGGUCGUGUGUCGGCAGUGGUGUAUGAUGGAGAUGACAUGGCCCAGUCUUUUAAUUUACCACCGGGAGUCACCAUCAACAGGGUGGAGGGCCAGCCAGGCAUGGUGACCAUCUCUAACAACAUGGGCGGAGCCUUCUCUCAGCCCUUCCUGCCAAACCCCAACAUGUAUCCCAGCCCCAUAAUGCACGGCUUCCCCACUUCUCAGGAGCCGCCCCUCCCCAAACCCUAUGGCCGGCCCCAUGCCCCAGGCUUCAGCUGGAACACUGCACUGGAUGGUGGCGGUAGUGGUUACCCUGACAAGGAUAAUGUCAUUGUUGUGGACACCAACAACAGUUUCCUGGGCACAAAUUCUGCUGCUGCCACCACUGCCACUGCCACGGCCACAGCUGCUGCUGCUGUUGCUGUCUCCAAGAGGGAGCUGUCCUCAGAGGAGAAGGUCAUGAUGGCAGUGGAGGGUCGGAUAGAUCCCAGCACUCUGAACAUGACCCAGAAGAAAAAGUUCAAGAAGAAGAAGAAGGAGCUGCAAGAGAAGCGAGAGAGGGAGGAGCAGAACCAGAGGGAGGAGGAUGACCUGAUGGACCAGAUGUACAACCUGGCCACAGGCAAGUGGCCCCAACAACAUGAUGCUUCGCACAAUCAAACUCAGAAUGGAAAAAACCAAACCAAGAAGGCCACUAAACAGAAGGAGAACUGUAAGCAGGCAGUAGCAGUUAAUGGUCCUGGUAAGCAGCAGGUCACCAGCAAAACCAAACAACAGCAGCAGCAGCAACAACAACAACAACAGCAGCAACAACAUCAGCAGCAACAACAGAAAACACAAGACACAUCACAAAAACAGAAGCAUCAAGACCUUGUUAGACAGAACAGUAAAAACAAUAAGCAAAGUAACAAAGAUACAGCUCUUCAAAACAUCACCAACCAACAGACCAAGGGCUCAGCAGCAAGCAGCAUAGGAGGGAAAGUGAAGCAGCAACAGCAGCAACAUCAAACACAGUCUCAGAAAGUAUCAACACAGUCAAGUCAACAAAAACAGCAGAGUCUAGUAAAGCACCAGCAGCAACAGUCUUCACAACAGAAGCAACAGAAGGGACCUCAACAGCAGCAUCCACAAAGCAAACAGAGUCCGCAACAACAAAAUCAGCAGAAGCAAGGUCACCAACAAAAACAGCAGCAAACACAACAAAAGCAGAAUCAUCAUCAGCAACAACAGCAACAGAAACAACAGCAAAGUGGCCAGCACCAGAAGCAGAAUCAGGAGCAUCACCACGUUCACAAUAACCAGCACCACCAUCAACAACAGCAUCAACAUGUACAAGCAAGUCACCACCACCAGACAAAGCUAAUCAGUCAACAGCAGCAGCAACAACAAAGGCAGAUGCAACAGCAGAGGCAGCAACAACAGCAACAGACUCACUCUUCAAGGACUCCCACCCAGCAGAAGCACUCCUUACCAAGCUUCAAUAGUGUGAGGGAGAGCCAGGGUCCUCCAGCAGCAAGCAAUGGAGGGCAGCGGGGUAGUGGCAGUAGCAGCAGUCUCUCAGGGAAGGUGGCGUAUGUCUCUCAGGAUAUUGCCCACGAGGCCCGCUAUGCCCAGUACCUCAAAGCCAAUGCCAACACCCUGGCCAAGAUGAGCUACACCACACACAAUGGGGCUUUGGUGGCUGGGGAGCGGCCAGCAUAUCACUGUGGCAGUCUUCAUGAUGAUGACAAGCGGACCCCAACAUCAUCGUCCUCGUCGGGAAAGAGAAGGAAGAAAAAUAAGAAGGGCAAUCUGGAAGACCUGACCACCAUUGACAGUGUGUUCACCCCUAAGGAUGUGGCAGAGGGGGAGGUGGAUGAGACUGAGCGGGAAGUGGAGGCUUUCAAGCGCUUCUGUUUCAACAAUGUGCCACUCAACUCUGGCGAGAAGCCUAAGGUGAACAUCAACAUCAAAGACAUCAUGAUAAAAAAGCGUCCCUGCAAUGAAAAGCCUCUUUCGGGGUAAGGACCUGGAGACAGCAGCUGUGGUUUUAUUUACAAUCUUUUCUUUCCUAUUUUUCUUUCAUUUUCUUCUCCAGGUGAAAUGAAGCUUCAGAUGCUCAUUUGGAUUGUUCAAGAAAGGAGUUGGAACCUGCAAUGUACCUUUUCCUAUAUAUCUUCCUCAUCUCAGGUGUUCAACUCCGGCACUAAUUGUUCCUGUACCUUAGAUUUCAUUUUACUUUUAUACUUGCAUGCCUUACUUUAAAUUUCUUUUUUACACUAAAAACCUGACUGUUUUUAAACUAAUCGUGUGCUAGCUUAUCUUCCAUCUCGUAGACAGUAAUUAAAGAGUUCCUCAGAGUACUGAAACAAACAGAAGACUAUCAUCUUGUAUCACUUUUAAGAGUAUCUCAUGCACAUCAUCACGCCACUAAAGCCAUUCACAGCAAUUCUCAUAUCCUUCAUUCACAUUGUUGCAAGACUUCUGUAAAGCAACUCUCUCUCUCUCUCUCUCUCUCUCUCUCUCUCUCUCUCUCUCUCUCUCUCUCUCUCUCUCUCUCUCUCUCUCUCUCUCUCUCUCUCUCUCUCUCUCUCUCUCUCUCUCUCUCUCUCUCUCAUAGGAAAGAAAUAUGGAUUGUAAGCUCAGCACUGGUCAGCACUAAUAGCUGGUGUCUUAGCUGGGAAUGUGGACUGCUAGUAUAUGAAAGCUCACUGUAAAGUUACCAUAGAAGAAUCUGUAUCGUUGUGGAAAUGCAAAGCAGACUUCAUACUCAAGAUAUUUAAUGGUGCUGUUUGAUACCCUGAUAAUUUGGGACCUGAAACUUGUGAAGAAAACAUUGAUGGUAGUUGUUCUAAUCUUCUUUAAGUGGACAGAGUUGGUUUGUGAGGGUGGUGGUGAUGCCUUGCAAGUAUUUAACUGUUUCCAGCUGGUGUGGGCUCUACCUUGUGUAGGCAGUGGCAGCCCCAAUCAAACAAUUGCAGGGGUUCAUCCUCCUUACUCCUUUGUUACUCAUGCCAUCUCAUACUGAAGGUUAUAGCUAGUGAUGUUAUCUUUCACUAAAUUUAUCCCCUAUUUGCCUGGAGUUUAUUAUCACUUAAAUCUGUUGUUAGGAUUUUCUGUUUAUUUCUUUUUUAGUCAUAAUUUUUUUAACCUGAAUAACUUAGGAGUGUGAGAGCGAAGUCCUGACACAACGUCUUGUUCCCUAGCAUGGCUGUGAAUUCUGUACUUGGUUAGUAUGUCAAAAGAGCGGAAUUCAGCGUUACAUUGUGUUAGAGCUGUCACUUGGUGUCAGUCCUAUCAAACUGUGGUUGCUGGUUCCUGGAAGAUAAAGUGUUGUCCCAGAGCACUGGAACCCAUUCAAGACAAAGCUGAUUUUGCAUGAAUGUGUAGAUUUUUAUGAAGUUUCUAUAUGUCAUAUAGAUAUAUAAAGGGUAAAUUGAGGCCCCAUGGACAGAGGAAGGUAGGUCAGUGCUGUGUGGAAAAGUUGUCCCCCAUACACUCGCUGUCAUCACUGCAGCUUUGUGAAUAUUGCCUAGUUGAGAAUCUAGAGCCUGUUUUUAUGUAGACUACAACAGUGAGCCUUUAAAUGAAAAUAAAUGAGUGACAAACC